AUGACAGAACCUAAAAAAGAAGCUAUUGAGGCAAUGUCAGAAUGUGGUCUAAGACCAAUGGAGUCUUAUAGGUAUAUGUCAACAGAAACUGGUGGAGACGACUGUGUAGGUCAUACGAUGAUUGAUCAUCUAAACUACUGCUACAAGUUAAAAAUGAAGCAAAUUGAUGGCAAGGAUUCACAAACACUAGUGAACAAAUUGUAUGACAUACAAUCAAUAGAUCCCGAGUUCUUUUUCAGAGUAAGACUCAAUGCUGAAGGAAAAGUUGAGUGCCUAUUUUGGAGGGAUUCUAUGAUGAGAGAAGAUUACAAAAUAUAUGGAGAUGUUCUAGUUUUUGAUACUACAUUCAGAACCAAUAAGUACAAUCUCAUAUGUGCUCCAUUUGUUGGUAUCAAUAACCAUUGGAAAAACACAAUGUUUGCUUGUGCUUUCAUUGGGGAUGAAACCACAGAAUCUUUCGUUUGGGUGUUUGAAACUUUUCUGAAUGCUAUGGGAGGAAAGCACCCUAUAUCAAUUUUCACUGAUCAAGAUGCAGCUAUUGCUGCUGGAAUAGAACAGGUUUUUCCUUCUUCAAGACACAGGUUAUGCUUGUGGCACUUGAGUAAAAAUGCAAAUAGUAGGUUUGGUUUAUUGAAGUCUGAUAAAAACUUCAAAAACGCAUUCUACAAGUGUUUAAGUGGGUGUAUAACACCAAAUGAUUUUGAAGAAACUUGGAAAUCUAUGAUCAACACUUUUAAGCUGGAAAAAGAUGACUGGUUCAACAGAUUGUAUGGUCUUAAAGAAAAAUGGUGUACAGCUUUAAGUAAAGAUUUUUUUUCUGCCGGUAUACUUUCUUCACAAAGAAGUGAAAGUACAAACCAUGCUGUUGGUUUUAAAGCAAAUAAAAGUACAACAUUAACAGAGUUCUAUAGUAUUUUUCAAGCUACAAUAAAUCGAUGGAGAAAAACCGAAGAAAAAGACGACUUUGACUGUACAAGGGGAAUACCAACUUCAGAGCUAAGUAUGAGUGCUAUAUUAAAACAGGCAGCAAAUGUAUACACGAUAACACUUUUCCGUGAUUUUGAAGAAGAGUUCAAGCUUUCUGUGGCAAGUAGUACAAUGUUCAAGGAAAGUGUAGGAAGAACAGUGUUUUUUGAAGAUCAAGGCAAGAAGUUCAAUACAAAAUGGAAGAUUCAACCGUCACUUGCACAUGCAAAAACUUUGAAGAAUCUGGAUGGUUGUGCUUCCAUUGUUUAA